AUGGAUUAUAAUAGUGUUCUACAGACACUUGUAGUAGCAUCAUCUACUGUAAGGGGUGCUCAGCAACAGGCAGCUGAAGAGCAGCUCAAAAAAUGGGAGUCGGAGAAGGGCUUUUAUUAUACACUUCAGUCCAUCUACAUAAACCAAGAACUAUCAUUGCAAAUUAGGUGGCUUGCUGUGAUUUGCCUCAAGAAUGGGGUUGAAAAAUAUUGGAGAAGCACCCGGAUUAAUUCCAUUACCAAAGAGGAGAAGGUUGAAAUCCGGAAAAGAUUGUUUGAUACUCUCGAUGAGUCUAAUAAUCAAUUGUGUAUACAGAAUGCACAUUUAACUAGUCGUAUUUGCAGGCUAGACUUUCCCGUUGAAUGGCCAACGUUAUUUGAAGAUCUAGUUACAAUUAUGGAAUCCUGUGAUACUUCUUCUUCCCAGUCAAUUGUGAGAUUGAACAAUUUAAUGAUUAUUUUGAACCAGAUCUUGAAAAUAUUAGCCAGUGUCAGAAUUGGGAAAGCUAGAGUCAUGAUGCAGGCAAAGGCACCUAUUGUUCUCCCACAUUUGAUGAAGUUUUAUACUUUUUUUUUCAACCAGUGGUAUGGGAAUAACUAUGAUUUGAGCUUGAUGGAAGUUGGUUAUAUAACAUUGAAAGUCAUCAGGAGGUUGGUUGUAGAUGGAUAUGCGCACCCGAACAGAGACAAAUAUGUUCAAGAGUUUAUGGAGGUAUCAUUGCAGCAUUUUCAAAAAAUGUUGGUGGCUCAUAAGCAAAAUGAAUUGGCCUUGCUUGAAAGAUAUAUCAAAUGUUAUGUCAAGUUGUUCCACAAUUUGGUUUCUGCUAAUACAUGCGCUUUUGUUUUGAUGUCGUCGAGCAAGCAUAUUUUACUUACUUUGCUUUCUUUACUUAGUCAAGAAGCAGAGCCGAUUUAUGCGCUUGAUAAUGAGACUGAUUUCUGGGAGAAGAUUGCAACUAAAUCAUUCAUUAUCAUGAAAAUAAUAACAAACUACACAUUUAACGAAAAGACAAGUUUGAUUAAACAAAGGGAUGACAAAACGGAAAUUAUUCAGUCAAUAGAAUACAUGAAGACAAACUUUUUCAAUACUGAGCUCGUUGAAAGCUUGCUUGAACUUAUUACCCGGUAUUACCUACGUCUUCGUCCGAUAGAUUUGGAGAGCUGGAAUGAGGACCCCGAGGAAUGGUUUAACGAAGAGUCCAAUGUUAAUUACGAAUUUCAAGUCCGGAAGGCUGCCGAAAAUUAUUUCCAAGAUUUGUCUAUUUUUUUCAAUCAGUACAUUUCAAAGUAUAUCAUGGAUAAGGUUAAUAAUCUCAACAACCCUUCUCUCAGUGUAAUUGAAAAGGAUGCAACUUUAGCCAUAUUCCAGUUGAGUUCUCACUCUAUAAAGGAGGAAUGUAAUUUCAACCAACUAUUAACUGAUUAUUUUAUUCCUCAAGGUCUUUCAGGGAACGAUCUAAUCAAGCGUAGAAUUUGUUUGAUUAUCAAUGAAUGGGUGGAUGAAAAAACAAAUUCACAAGUACGUAUUCAAAUCUACGAAUUUCUUGUUGAAAUUUUCUCGGCAUCAACAAUUGUCAAAUUAACUUCCGUCCAAACGUUGAAAAAUCUGAUCGACGAUUGGGAAUUCCGUAAACGUGAUUUACAGCCCUUCACCACAACUAUAAUAAGGAACUUUUUGGAACUAAUCAACUCGUUAUCUACGAUUGAAUGUAAGAACUUUGUUCUAAAUGCAUUUUCCAUUGUUAUAGAAAGAAACACACCCUUAUUAGAAGAGUCGAUACUUGUUGAAAUUGCUAGAGUAGUUCCUGUGUUAUGGGGGAACUUCAAUAAUUCCAAUGAAACAAUCAUAAAGAACUCCUUGUUGCGAAUUUUGAAAGAUUUAGUUAUUGCAUUGAAUAAAGGCAGCUCUUUAAUUCACGACAUGGUAUUGCCUUUGAUUCCGAUCUGUUGUAAUCCAAACUCUGAGUAUUAUACAUUGUUAUGUGAAGACGGCUUGGAACUUUGGAGUGCUCUUAUGAAAACAACUUCCCAAAUUGUUUUAGCAGAUGAUGCCAUGUUUGAUAUGCUAAUCAAUGCUCUAUUGGUAUUUACCGAAAUAUUGCCGUUAGUUCUUACGAUAAUAAGAAGCUACACAUUGAUUGAUGUUCAGAUUUUGGAGACACCAAAGGGAAUGAAAAUAUUGGAAAUACUAGCUGGGUAUUUAAAGACUAUGAGAGACGAUGCUGUUUCUCUUACAUCUUCGAUCGUUGAAGUGGGCAUUAUGCAGAAAUCUGAAAAGAGUGCAUUCUACUCUAAUCUGUUCAACUCGAAACUGAUUCAUGAAAUUGCUGAAUAUUUGAUAGGCGAUACAGACAGUGCAUACUGCGAAGUCAAACUAUCACUUCCGUUAUUAAGAUUGUUUCUUGAUAAUUCGCAAGCGUUCUUGGCUAAUAUUCCAGGCAUAAAACUAUACGCACUGAUGAACAACUUGAUUAAAUUUGGUAGAAACUCAUACGAUCCAAAAAUUAGGAAACUCUAUGUUUUGGGUCUUUAUUCAUUGUUAAAGCCGGAAUAUUUACAGAACGGUCAGACAUUGUCAAAUAUCGAAUACGAGUUGUCUCAGAUGGACUCAAUACGUGCCGUGUCAUCGGUUUUGUUAUCAUUCGUCAAACCCGUUGUUGAUUUAGGCAUAACUUUUAUUGAAGAAAUCAGGGAAGAUGCUAAUGGUGACAUGAAAGCAUACCAUAAGAGUUCCAGCUACGAUGAUGAUGAACUGAAGGCAAUCGAGCCCCAAUCUGACGUCGAGGAGGAUAACGAGUAUUAUUUAGAAACUCUAGUUCCACCUAACGCAGAACGUGAAAGAUACACUGCCCUUCUCAAGCAAGACCCUGUUAGGAAUAUCCCAAUAAGGGAUUUUAUUCGCAACAUUAUGGGAGCAAUUUUCCCGAUAAUUGGAAAUUUGUUGGACAGCAAUGACUUGGAGGAGCUACAACGUUUAUAG